CACCAAGCUACCCCUCCCAUCACCAUCAUCACCACCAGCUCCAUCACAACCCAAUUGACUCAUCCCCUUCACAAAUCAAACCGUCCACAUACAAACCUACCUCCCCGAGGAAAUAAACAAAAUGCCCACCCUCCAAACCAGCACCCUCGCCUUCCUCGGCGGCGGCAACAUGGCCUCGGCCAUCAUCUCCGGCCUGCUGCGCCAAUCCGUGCCCGCAACCAACAUCCACGUCUCCGAGCCGUGGGAAGUCAACCGGAACAAGAUCGCCGCACUGGGCGUAAACACCACGACAUCCAACACCGAGGCCGCCUCCGCCGCCGACGUCGUCAUUCUGGCCGUGAAGCCGCAAGUCGCGAAGACCGUGUGCGAGGAACUCCGUCAGGAAUGGACGGCCACGGCGCGGGAGAAGUUCCCGAUUGUGGUGAGCAUUGCGGCGGGAAUUAUGUUGGAGAGUUUGCAGAAGUGGUUGAGUGUUGAGGGUGGGAAGGUGGCGCCGGUGGUGAGGGUGAUGCCGAAUACGCCGGCGUUGGUGACGGAGGGGGCUAGUGGUGCGUUUGCCGGGGUGGAGGUUAGUAAGGAGGAUAAGGGGUUGGUUGAGGCGUUGUUGGGUAGUGUGAGUCGGGUUACGGAGUGGGUGGAUAAGGAGGAGUUGUUGGAUGUUGUUACGGGGUUGUCUGGAUCCGGUCCGGCGUAUUUCUUCGCUAUGGUUGAGCAUCUUGUUGCUAGUGCGACUGCUCUCGGUUUGACGAAGGAGCAGGCUACGAGGCUGGCGGCGCAGACUUGUCUCGGUGCUGGAAAGAUGCUCGUUGAGUCGGAUGAUGAGCCCGCACAGCUGAGGAAGAACGUUACUAGUCCGAAUGGCACGACGUAUGCCGCGUUGCAGACUUUUGAGAAGCUGAACUUUGCGGAUAUCGUGGAUCAGGCGGUUAAGGCGGCGACGGAUAGAGCUGCGGAGUUGGGUGAGAGCUUGGGAAAGCAGUAAUGUAUGAUAUUCUGUCAUGAGGUAUGGGUUGUAUGUGAGACGAUAGCAAUGCCGUGCUCUGUCUAUUUCGGUGUCAUGCAAGCGUGUAUGUAUCACGCUUUGUAACUCCACAUUUAGAUAUCUACCUGCCUGGGAAACUUCAAAACAUCAGUGUGCCCGUCAUUCCUCUCUUAUACACACCCAACCAGGGCUGAUCGAAACGCGGCUUAAUAUUAACCCGGAUGCUGAUGUUGAC